AUGUUGCUCUUGCUCACGACAACCCUCUUCUCGUUAGCAGGCGCAGCAGUCAUACAGUCACCUACGGUGAAGUCAGAGGACUGUUCAAUCAGUGCUACACGGUACUUUAUAAGCUUUGGUGACUCGUAUUCUCAGACCGGAUUCAAUAUAAGUGGCACUCACCCGUCGGCUGCAAAUCCUCUUGGAAAUCCGGAUCUACCAGGAUGGACUGCUAGUGGCGGCUUGGACUGGGUGGGUUUCAUGGUGACCGAGUACAAUACCUCAUUGUUGCUCUCUUAUAACCUGGCAUAUGGUGGUGCAACGACCGAUGCCGACUUGGUUACCCCGUACGCACCCACGGUGCUCAGCUUUGAGGACCAGGUCAACGAAUUCACGGCGAGUCUAGCGUCCAAGCCAGACUGGGCUCCAUGGACAGCCGAGACAACCUUGAUUGGUGUCUGGAUAGGGGUGAAUGACGUCGGCAACAGUUUCUACUUGAGCAACGCGACCGAGGUGAUUGACGCCGUUGUUACUCGAUACUUUGAGCUCUUGCAACCGCUUUAUGAUGCAGGAGCAAGAGAAUUCGUUUUAUUGAGCGUUCCACCGACCGACAAAAGCCCGCUGAUGUUGGAGAAUAAUGAUACAUCUGAGACACAAUUGAGAGGGGCGAUCAAGCUCUACAAUGAUCUUCUCGGAAGGCAUCUCGACAACUUCAAAUCGAGGAACAGUGGUGUAGAGGCACGGAUUGUGGAUACAUCUGUUCCAUUCAACCAAGCCAUCGACAACCCCACAAAAUACGGAGCACCAAAUUCCACGUGCUAUAAUGCUGACGGGACAAGUUGUCUCUGGUUUAACGACUAUCACCCCGGCGUUGCAAUUCAAAACUUGGUAGCUAAGGCUGUUGCCCAGGCUGUUGGGGCCCCUUGGUUUGCCACUACAUGA